AUGGCGUGGCCGUGCAUCACGCGGGCCUGCUGCAUCGCCCGCUUCUGGAACCAGCUGGACAAGGCGGAUAUCGCCGUGCCGCUGGUUUUCACCAAGUACUCGGAGGCCACCGAGGCCCCGAGCGCCCCGCCGCAGCCGCCGCCGCCGCCGCAGCCGCAGCAGCAGGCGCAGCCGGCGCACGCGCCCCCCUCGGCGCGGGCGGUCGCCAUAGAGACGCAGCCGGCCCAGGGCGAGUUGGAUGCAGUUGCCCGGGCAACGGAGCCGGCGCCCGGGCCUAGCGGCGAACGCGAGGCGGCGGCUGCCCCGGGCCGGAGCGGGCCUGGCCCGGGCCCGGGCUCGGGCCCCACCUCCAGCGCAGGCCCCGCGGACUCGGUGAUGCGUCAGGACUACCGCGCCUGGAAGGUACAGCGGCCCGAGCCGAGCUGCCGGCCGCGCAGCGAGUACCAGCCUUCCGACGCGCCCUUCGAGCGCGAGACCCAGUACCAGAAGGACUUCCGCGCCUGGCCGCUGCCGCGCCGCGGGGACCACCCGUGGAUCCCCAAGCCCAUGCAGAUCGCCGCGUCCUCCCAGACUUCGGGGCCGACUCUCGGGGCGUCCAAGCGCCGGCCGCAGAGCCAGGAGCGCUGGCCGGCGCAGGCCGCCGUGGAGGCCCCGGAGCAGGAGGCGACCCCUGGCGGAGCGGGUGGCCCCGCAGCCGGAAAGCCCUCCGGUGCGGACGAGCGCGACACCCGCAGGAAGCCCGGGCCCGCCUGGAUGCUGCGUCGCGCUGAGGGACAGGUGCCGGAGCAGAUGUCGCUGCCCGCAGCUCAGGCCCCGGUCCAGGCCGCGGGCCCCGAGGCUGGCAAGGGGCGUGCAGCGGCGGACGCCCUCAACAGGCAAAUCCGCGAGGAGGUGGCGAGCGCGGCGGGCAGCUCCUACAGAAAUGAAUUCAGAGCGUGGACGGACAUCAAGCCCGUGAAACCGAUAAAAGCCAGGCCCCAGUACAAGCCCCCAGAUGAUAAGAUGGCUCAUGAGACCAGCUACAGUGCCCAGUUCAAAGGGGAGGCCAACAAGCCGACACCAGCGGACAAUAAGGUCAUUGAUCGCAGAAGAAUACGCAGCCUCUACAGCGAACCUUUCAAGGAACCCCCAAAGGUGGAAAAACCUAGUGUUCAGAGUUCCAAACCAAAAAAGACCUCAGCGAGCCAUAAGCCCCCGAGGAAGGCCAAAGACAAGCAGGUGGUGUCGGGCCGGGCCUCCAAGAAAAAGAGCACGGAGGGCCCCAGUGCCACCCAACCCGAAGACAAGGAGCAAAGUAAAGAGAUGAACAAUAAACUGGCUGAGGCUAAAGAGAGCCAGGUUGAACUCGCCAGUGAUUCACGUAAGAAUCGAGGUCCUAUAGCCACAGAGCCAGACAAGGAUCAAAGUCCCGUGGGCCCAGGGCCUCUGAAAGAUCAAGGUCCUGUGAUCCAAGAGCAUCCAAAGGAUCAAGGCCCCAUGGAUCCAGGUCCCCUGAAGGAUCCAGGUCCCAUGGUCCCCACACCAGUUAAGGAUCAAGAUCACGUGGCCCCUGAGCCUUUAAAGAAUGAAGGUUCUGUGAUCUCAGCACCAGUAAAGGACCAAGGUUCCUUGGUCCCCAUGCCUCCAAAGAAUCAAAGUCCUAUGGUUCCAGCAACAGCUAAGGAUCAAGAUUCCAUGGUACCAGAGCCUCCGAAGGAGCAAGGUCCCAUGGUCCCGGCACCUGUCAAGGAUCAAAGCCCCGUGGUCCCUGAGCCUGUGGACAAAGGUCCCAUGGUCCCGGCACCUGUCAAGGAUCAAAGCCCCGUGGUCCCUGAGCCUGUGGAUCAAGGUCCCAUGGUCCCGGCACCUGUCAAGGAUCAAAGCCCCGUGGUCCCUGAGCCUGUGGACAAAGGUCCCAUGGUCCUGGCACCUGUCAAGGAUCAAGGUCCUAUGGUUUCAGACCUUCUGAAGGAUCAAAGCGCUGCAGUCAUAGCACCUGUAAAGAAGGAGGGUCCUGUGCUCUCUGAGCCUGUAAAGAAUCAAGGUUUAGUGGUUCUGGAGCCAGUCAAGGAUCAAGGUGGAGCGGUCCCAGAGCUUCCGAAAGAUCACGAUUCUGUGGUUGCAGCACAUGUAAAGAAUCAAGGUCCUGUGGUCCCAGCAGUAGUCAAGGAUCAAGGCCCCAUGGUCCCAGAGCCUCCAAAGAAUCAAGAGCCUGUGGUCCCUGAGCCUGUAAAGAAUCAAGUUCCUAUAAUUCCAGUGCCUCUGAAAGAUCAAGACCUUCUGGUGUCACCACCAGCAAAAGACCAAGGUCCUGUGGUCCCCGAGCCUCUGAAGACUCAAGGUCCCAGGGGCCCCCAGCUUCCCACUGUCUCACCUCUACCCCCAGUCAUGAUCCCAACUGUCCCCCGUGCAGAAUAUACUGAGAGUUCCCCUUGACACUCACCCCUUGACAUGCCAAGGAAGGAGCUGACCGUGGAAGUGCUCCCUCCCAGGGGCGGCGAAGACACAUAUUUAAUCUGCAUGAAACACAUACUGUAUAGUCUUGCUGGAAUCUAAUAAAACUGGUCCCUCUGG